UUCUGGAAGCCCGUGUGGCCUUCAGUGAAGCAGGUGGAGGGGAGAGGGGGCGGAGCUUCGCUCUGAGUGGUUGACAAUUGGAGUGUUCUGAUUGGAUGACGUGGGCCCUCCCAAUGCUCUUUAAAGCUUCCACUCACCUCCAGGGCUAAAAAACGAAGCUCAUCCUUGUUCUGUGAACACAUCUAGUGUCCUGCUUGUUAACGGCUUUCAUUAGCUGCUUCCUGGUGUCAGUUCCAGCUCCAACCAAAUCUCUCUGGUACUUCUUCCAGCCAUUUUCCCAAAGACCAAAUCUGUGAACAUGGACCGUCUGGAGCUGAAGAAAGUGAGCACAGAGGCGGACGACGAAAGCAGCGUGGACGAUCGCUUCACGCCCAUCGAUUCAGAGAAGGCCAGCCAGUUUCUGGAUGAGGACGACGGAGAGAGUCAGAAGUUUCUCACCAAUGGCAUCAUGAAGAAGAAGAAAUAUGAUGAAGAAGAAUAUCACCCGGGUCACACAUCGUUCGGGAUGUCCGUCUUUAACCUCAGUAACGCCAUCAUGGGAAGUGGAAUUCUGGGACUGUCCUUCGCCAUGGCCAACACUGGCAUCAUACUGUUUGUCAUUCUCCUGCUUGGAGUCGCUAUCCUGUCGCUUUACUCCGUUCAUCUGUUACUAGUGACGGCCAAAGAAGGAGGCUCGCUGAUCUACGAGAAGCUCGGAGAGAAAGCGUUCGGAUGGCCGGGAAAAAUGGCAGCUUUUGGAUCGAUAACUCUGCAGAAUAUCGGAGCCAUGUCCAGCUACCUGUUUAUAGUCAAAUACGAGCUUCCAGAGGUGAUUAAAGCUUUUCUCGGGCUGCAGGAGAACUCUGGUGAAUGGUACCUGGACGGGAAUUAUUUGGUGGUGUUUGUGUCCGUGGGCAUCAUUCUCCCGCUGUCUCUGCUGAAGAACCUGGGGUAUCUGGGCUACACCAGCGGCUUCUCGCUCUCGUGCAUGGUGUUCUUCCUGGGAGUGCUGAUCUAUAAGAAGACGAUCCUGCCGUGUCCUCUUCCGUUCUUCUACCAGCACGAGUCAAACAUGAGCGUGAACGGCUCGGACGCUCUGGGUCUGUACUCGCUGCACAACGCCUCGGCGCUGGCCUCUUUAUCAGCAGCGAACGCUCCUCACCUGGAUCCUCACGCACCGCUCCACAGCGCCGUCCAGGUCACGCCUCACCCCGAGGACACCGAGGACAUGUGCACGCCCAAAUACUUUGUGUUCAACUCACAGACCGUGUACACCGUUCCCAUCCUCGCCUUUGCUUUCGUGUGUCACCCUGAAGUUCUGCCCAUCUACAGCGAACUCAAAGAUCGCUCUCGGAGGAAGAUGCAGACCGUCUCAAACCUGUCCAUCCUGGCGAUGCUGGUCAUGUACCUGUUCUCCGCUCUCUUCGGCUAUCUGACCUUUUACGAUCAUGUGGAGGCAGAGCUGCUUCACACCUUCACCAAGGUCUAUAAGUUUGACACGAUGCUUCUUCUGGUGCGUCUGGCCGUGCUGACCGCUGUGACACUGACCGUUCCCAUUGUGCUGUUCCCCAUCCGUUCGUCCGUCAUCACGCUGUGUUUCGCUGGAAAAGAGUUCAGCUGGAUCCGACACUUCCUCAUCGCCGCCGCGAUACUGGCCUUCAACAACCUCCUGGUGAUCUUCGUCCCCACCAUCAGAGACAUCUUCGGCUUCAUCGGUUCGUCUGCAGCCACCAUGCUCAUCUUCAUCCUCCCCGCCGCCUUUUACCUGCGGCUCGUCAAGAGCUUACCGUUCAGAUCGCCGCAGAAAAUAUCCGCGGCUGUUUUCCUGGUGGUGGGCGUCUUCUUCAUGAUCGGCAGCUUGUCUCUGAUCGUCUUGGACUGGAUCCACAAUCCUCCCGGCUCUAGAGGAGCUCAUUAAACCUCCGCAUGGACCUCUCUCUCCUCUCUCAUCUGUUUCCCAGCUCUCCGUUAAAGAGAGACCGAGCUGGGCAGAAGGGUUCAUCACAGAAGCACUUCAUGUUUGGUCUCAUCAGCUGGACAUAGAUAGAUAGAUAGAUAUAGCUGUUAACAGUUCACUCAAAGAUGAUAUUUCAGAACUAAAUGAUGCUGAUUCCAUUUCUGAGUGCACUCUGUGUUUAUUAUUAUCACUUGAAUCAGAUUUCCUCUUCGAGAGGGGAAAAAGGUCCAAUUUUUGUACCCAAAUUCUAGUGUUGGUCCACGCAAGCUUAGCUUUUUCCUCUCCACCUGAUUCGGUUCUCUUCGCUAAGAGGAUUUUGUGCAUUCAUCUUUCUAAAGAAGUUCAGAUAAUAAUUUAGCCACACCACACAGACACGAACAUCCGUUUGUGACUCAUUAAUCACACGCACAAGCCCAGACCCGACCGUUCGCUCUCUAACCCGGCUCCGCUUCACAGUCCCAUCACAUCAGGUUUACUGUGGAGACCACGAGAGGGUCACGCCUGUCGCCCUUGUCGUGUUUCUGCUUGCGCCGGUCCUGCCAAAGUGGACGAUAUUUAAAGAUCCUUUGGUGAUCUAUUUACUCAUGAAGCAAGUGAAUAUUUCAAAUGAAAUGGUUAUGAUAUUUUUGCAUGU